ACAGCAACCAGGAUAUUGACAAUUUGCGAGUGAGGAGUUCAGGCUGGAACCAACGAGUUUAUACAAAGUAUCGCCGCGACACUGACAUCUCGUUCUUCCCGUGCUCAACUGCCGUGUUGUCCUUUCUCCUGCUGAUCCACCCCGCGUCUUGACUCCAACCUCUCCCCAGUUUUCCAGAAUAGGCUUGCCGCUUCCUUGAUCUGCAUCUCAUCCAUCAUGGGCCACUCAAACAGAGACCACAUUUAGCGAGCGCAGUGUGCAGAAGAACGAAGUCUAGCGAAGGCGGUAUGCGGUUGAGACGUAACCGUUUACCGAGGGCGAUAUGAUGGUCUACCCGGUAUGGUUUGGACUACUAUAAGUGCAGUGUCCACCAUCAAUUAUGCACCUAUCAAGCACAGUCUUUAGUUCGCAAACAAGGACCACCAUGCUGUCUCAGACUCUCGGGCUCGCUGUCCUCGCCCUGCCUCUACUCGCCGAAGCGAAAGACUGCUCUCAAGCAGCCUUCCAAAAGAUCAUUCCUUCCAAUUCCACCUUCAACUAUGUUACAAAAGUGGCAGCGGGCGGAACAUUCACAGAUGCGUACGCCAAUGCCAAUGCUACAGGUCUGCCUGAAGGAUGCGCUGUGAGCGUUCGCGUACCCACGCCUGGCAACUCGUCCUACAACAUGGCGAUAUACCUGCCCAACAAGUGGAACUCACGCAUCAUGACGACCGGAAAUGGUGGUUAUGCUGGCUUUACCAAUUGGCAGGAUCUUGGAAUCUACUCUCAGUAUGGGUUCGCAGCUUUGACUACCGACACCGGUCACGACAAUGCGAACCCGCUGGACUCGACCUUUGCUCUCAACAAAGGAUCACUCGAGAAUUGGGGAUGGCGAGCCAUGCACGGUUCGGUCCUCGUCGGCAAAGCGCUGUCUGCCGCAUACUACGGAGAAAACCACAAGUACUCUUACUACUCGGGAUGCUCAACUGGAGGCCGACAGGGAUUGAAAGAGAUGCAAGUAUCUCCUGAAGCAUUCGACGGCCUCUUCGUUGGUGCUCCAGCAUGGUGGAUUCCUCACCUGGGCAUCUACACCAGUCAGGCAACCCUUGGCAACCUGCCUCAGAACUCCUCUCACCACAUCUCGGCUUCUUUGGCUACUGUGAUCAACGACGAGAUUCUCAAGCAGUGCGAUCCUCAAGAUGGUGUGACAGACAAGGUUAUCAUGAACCCUGAGGGAUGUGUGUUCAACCCAUUGACUCUGCUCUGUGAGAGUUCUUCGAACACUUCUGCCUGCAUCACGCGUCCUCAGCUAGACACUCUUUACAAGGCACUGCACGACUGGACCUACUUUGACGGCACAUUGAUCUUUCCUGCACCUUCGCUCGGUACGCCUCUGACCGCAUACAUUGGUGACAGUCCUCUACCGAAUCCCAUGGGAACCGGAAUGAUCCAGCAUCUUCUACUGAACACAACCGAGCCUUACGACUGGAGUACCUUCAACGAGAGUGUGGUUCGUCUCUCCGAAGCUAUUGAUCCCGGAAACGCGUCUCCAGAUGACUAUGACUUAUCGACCUUCCAGAAGAGAGGCGGUAAAGUCAUCCACUGGCACGGAACCUCCGAUCCUAUCAUUCCUUACAGAUCUAGCACCUACUUCUACAGCCAAGUAGCCUCAUCGGUCGCUCCCCACGGUAUUGAGAUGGACGACUUCUACCGAUUCUUCCCUAUUGCCGGUAUGAGCCAUUGCUCCGGAAGUCAGUACUCUCCCUGGUAUAUCGGAGGUGCCAGUCAGCCUUUGACUAAUGUCAGCCAUGGCGUUCCGGGCUUCGAUGACUCGCAGCACAACGGUCUCCUUGCAUUGAUGCGCUGGGUCGAAAAUGGCACAGCUCCCGAGAGGUUAAUUGCUACUAAGUACAACGACGACAACCCAGCGAAGGGAGUGUACAGUCAAAGACUUCUUUGCCCUUUCCCUAAACAACCUGUUUACACUCAUGGAAAGAUUGACUCCGCAAGUAGCUGGAAAUGUGUGUAGUCAGGGCGAUAAACACAGCUGAAGCCGAGAUGAAUCAAAUUUUCUGCUCAAUCGUUUUCAACAUGUUUCAAAGAUGUCAAAGUGCUCAUUAACGCUAGAAGUCGUGAGUCAUGUCUACAUGCGUCGAUUAUCAAAAGCCGAG